GAGAGUGAGAGAGAGUCUUGUAUAGCAGCAGCUGGUGUUCCACUGCUAAGCACAGCCUCCAUGUCAGCUUUUCUGUUGCUCAAUUCCAGACUCCAUGUCUAAAUGUAUGUCUCUUCUGCAUUUUGACUAUCUGUCUCUUGCUUAACAGCUCUCAUCCAUAUAACAGUUUCCAUAGAGGAGUCAGACCCCAGUUUUCAGUCUGGAGGGCAAGGCCCCAGUUGAGUCCAGAAGGGGAGAUGGUGAUGAGGUCAGUUCCCUGUCUGGAAAGCCCAACCCUGAUUGGUUGAGCCCAGCCACCCUGCCUGUCACCCAAACAGAGAGUGCAGCGUCCGGACCCUGGCAAAGCGAGAGCUUGCUGGCUGAGUCUUGGUCCACCAUGGGCGACAUGGAUCGCGAGGACACCAAGAGCCUGGACAGCAGUGACGGGAUGAUCCUUCCUGAAGAACGCAGCGAGAACCACUCCUCCGUCUCCGACAUGGUGCACCUGGAGCGGGAAGAGGCUGAGCUGCUGGAGGAGGAAGACCUGGGGGUGGAGGAUGAGGAGGAGGGCACCCUGGAGGAGGAUGAGGAAGAGAUGCAGAGUAGUAUGUUGAGCAUGCUGGGAGGGGAGAGGGAGCUGGCUGAGCUCAGGGGGGAGACAAGCUCAGCCCACCCCCGUGCUCCAGCCGACCAAGGUUUGCGGGGCCCAGAGACUGUGGAGCUCCUGAUGUCAAUGGAAGACCCGUUUCAGCACCUGGCACAUGUCACCCAUGUAACCCCACCUAUGGCCAUGCCAGUUGUCAAGCUGGAGCCGCCCUCCGCUACUUCCACCCCUGUCCCCUCCAUCCCCACUGUCGCUGAGGUAGCAGAGCAGCUAUAUUCUAUGCAAGAGCUCCACCCUCCCCCUGUCCUACCACAACCGCAACUGGAGAGCCAGACUGACGCUCACUGCGAGUCUACUGGCACCCUCCCCAAUGCUGCGGAGCCCACCAUUACAGAGGUCCAGGAGAAGACACAGCCUGAGGCUUCUCUAACCAGUUCCCACACUGACAUGCCUGUGUUAUUGUGUGGGGGUGCCGCCCUGGUGGCCAUUGUUGGAGUGGCGGCUUAUGGAGCAAUGGUCUACUGCAGAAAGUAGCUACCCCAUGAGCCACACUUACUGGUCUUUAAAAAUAAAUUCCAAACUUUUCCACAUCCUUAAACUAAAUACGAGAUUUAAUGAAAUGAUUUUCUUUGUAUCUAUGUAGUAUAAUGGACAUUGGUUUAGAUCUUUCAUCCGCUUCUUGAGCUACCUCAGUUCACGUCAUGAGAUUUGGAGCAGGUUGGCGGAAAUGCCUUUUGUUUCUAUGUAGAUUCACAGUGGUAAACCAGGAAAUCUAAAUUACAUAUAUAAAUUAAGAAUUUUAAAGUCUU